CCUAACUUUGCUUUGAAUACAUUAAGAUAUCUGAAAGCAUCAAAGCUUACUGGAGUCAUGUGCGUGUUUGAGAUGCCAACGGCGCUUCCAAGUCGUGAAUCGGGGGUCCCGAAUGCAAGACCGCCACGGCGUUCUGAUCCUUAUCACUUCCAUUGUCACAACUUGUAUUAUGAAAUUACACUUUUCUAACGCUUAUGCGAUGCGGCAUCAUCGUCCACUAUUGCUGAGGACGGCUAACUUCUUGUUUCCCAGUGCCUUCUCCACGCGGUACACCCCCGCAUGGCAGGGUACCUCCGGCCCGUCCUGGAACAACCUGCAAAAUUUUGUUUCAACAGGAGUGGAGGCCACUCCGCACCGAACUCAUUUCUGUGAGAUUUCCCCAUUUCUAGCGGACCAUUGUGAGGCAAAUAAGAGACAGAGGCAUCAUCUCCCGAGAGCAUUUUCAAUUCUACCGUCACAGCUGACAGCCCCGAUAGUGGGACAACACAGGUCGAACCAACGAUGGAUUACAACAGACACGGGUGUAGAGCGGGGCCUGCUAACACUGAAGAUUGACGAGGAUGACGGUAAUUGGACGACGUUGAUAAUUGGGCGGACGGCAGAGCAGAACGAGCGUGUUAGCUUGGUCGUUGCAAGGCCUACCGACCUGUGGUUCCAUGUAAGGGACUUUCCUGGAGCUCACGUGAUUCUACGCGGUCAGGGGUGCUCGUGGAAACCGACGAAGCAUCAUAUGCAGUUGGCCGCUGACUGCGCAUGCUACUUCUCCAAAGGCCGCGGAAAAAGUGAGCAGAUGGCAGUGACGUUCACUACGGCGAAAAAUGUGUCAAAAGUCAAAGGAGCACCUGUUGGCACGGUCCACGUCGCUUCUCCCCAGACCACAAUGGGAAGACCAUCGGCCGUCGAGGAGCUUGUGAAAAAAAUCAUGGAAGAACGCGUCGAGUUGAAUAACAAGAAGAAACACAGACCCAAAACGACAGCCCCCAGUUCGGCACGGGCUGAAACGCCACAGAAGACAACGAUGCCGCAAAAGACUGGCUAGUUGGCCACUUCGCAAGACUCCAUGCUUGCUCGCCUGUAAGAUUACGAGCCGCCAAAGGCUUCGUGAAGGGCACGCGUUUUAUUUGGAGCGACGAUGAAAAUCGCUAACUACUUGAAUACCCUGUUAAUGAGAGCUACACGUGAAACUACGCUUGAUGCCGAAAAUCCGCAAGCCAUGCAAACUUGCACCUGUACACCUCAGGAUUCCCCCUGCUCUUCACAUGGCCUGGUAAUCGUAUCUUGUUCUGAAUCGGAGGCUCUCUGUGUCGACAAAACAGGUCUUUCUCCCGAACUGUCAGUGAUGGUGUGCCCGCCUCUCUUUUGCGUACGGAGCGGAGGAGAAGAGGCACGAAAGGAUGGUAGCCAGCAGCCCGACACCCAUAAGAAUUAAAAACGAAAUACCUAGCCAUUUGAGGGCGGUCUGGUGAGGGCUCACAGGCUUCACGUAGUAUUGAAAAAACGAUUCUGGUAGAGAAUCAGAUGUGGCGAAAUCGCUGGCUGUAUUGCUCAAGCUGACAGCUUGAAGAUGCAUGAAUCUGUCAGACAGUAAACCCUUUGCGCCGUGCUCGCCUGUCGGAGGCCAGCGUUGCUCGGCCAGAACUCCGUUUGCCUGUUGAUGAGCAACGGACCCCGGUAUCCGGACAGCUGAGGCGGGUGCCCGUCCACUACUGGGAAUUGUAAGAUACCCAAGCAGAACAACUAGGCACAAAUGAAGCAGAAAAAGUAUGAAGUGCCGAAAGGGGGCGGCACUCCCACAGAGAGAUAGGCCGUGCAUGCUUGAAUUGUGCCGCAGAGCGGUAAGGUAAACAUAAAUUCAGUAAGAACGCCUCAGCCUUUUCCCCCUCACGCCGGCGCCCGAAUGCACUAGAAAAAGCGAGCGCAUUUCUGAUGUAACAGGUUACUACAGAACUUUUUACAUUCAAGAAGCUGACUGGACCUCGUGUCGAAACGAGGGCGACUCAAGCGUGCCGGCUUCCUUGUAAUCAACAGACGGACACAGCUGGCAACAGAAAGUGAUUACGAGGAUGGCCCAGACAUGCAUGCAAAGUGUUUGCCACGAAAAUUCUUUGGUCUUCAUUUCCUCCUGUCAUUCCGGAGACCCUCUGACUUGCUACAAAAAGGUGACGGCGGCGACCGGUCAGUGCCAGCCAGCCACGAAUGCCACGGCGGCCUCUAAUUUUCGCUUGUCAAACUCUUCAGUCGCACCCCUGCAGCAGAGAAGGGAAGGAGAGGCAGGGAGUCUUUGCCGGACCCUUGCAAAGGCUAUCCACCGAAGUCCAACGAAAU